AGUAAUCAAAACUAUCUCACAACUCAAGAAUCUGAAGAUGAUGGGAAUAAUGAACAUUCAAACGGCGAUGGAUCUGAUAGUUGCCUGUUUCUCUCUUAUGAUCGGAUUUGGAUUCUUUGCUCUCAUCGCCUCUGUCCUCUGCUCCGUCGCUUUCUUCCACCACGUCAAAGCCGCCACUCCCAUCUCCACCGGAACCGCCUUAACUUCUAGCCGGAGAUAAAUCCGUAAGAGACGUACGGUUCCUUUGUUUAUCCCUUGUUCAAUGGAUGAUGGAUCAUUUGUUUUAGAUAACUGUAAAUUUCGUUUUCAUCAAACUAGUUCAACUUGUACGACGAAUGUGUAGUGUUAAAAAAAGUUGUAAUCGAAAAUUAAUUAAUUAAUACAAAUAUAAAGUUACACGUCUAAUAAUGUAACAUUAGUUAACAAACAUAUAACUCUAUAAGCAUGGUAUAUAUGUAUAUAGUUGUAUACCACUUUUUUCUCUUA